AUGGCAAGUUAUGAAGUUACUGAUAGUACUAUUAAAAAUGUUGAAAAAAAGUUUACUGUUGAUGUAUAUAAUAGAGUAUUUGAUAUGAUUAUAUUAAGUAUGGAAAACCAAUUUACAAAUAGUAAAGAAAUACUUCUUGAUUUAACAUCAUUAUCACCAAUUCAUAUUGAUUCAUUUAUGAUUGGACUACCUAAAAAUGCUUUUGUUAAAUUAGCUGUAAAAUUAAAACCAUAUUUUGAUAAAGACAAUGAAAAUGAAAUAAAAUAUAAAUUGUCUAAAGAAAUUUAA